AUGUAGUUUUGUUUAGAAGAAAUGGGAGCAAAUGGAGUUCCAGAUUUAUCCGCUUUUAUCGUUUUACGCCAACUUUGAGAAACUUUAUCUACCUCAGUUGUAUCACGUGGACGCAGAGGGUAUAUUUUAGAGAACUGGAUGUAUUCGCUGUUUAGUUAAAAUGCAUCGACACACGAAACUAUGUCUAUAUGUGAACGCUAUGUUGGAAAACACAGUUUUUCGUCGCACCCAUCAAACCUUUCGUCUCUGCACUCGAUUUGUUCAUCAUAAUCGAAGGGGUCUAGCUGCUCUUCGUAGCAGUAUAAGUAGGCAGUUAGAUAAUUCCGGAAGCUCCAAGAAAGCAUUCGUUUAUCGAAAUCAACUUCGAGAUGCCCGGAGGAUUGUGGUCAAGCUGGGAUCAGCUGUGGUGACCCGAGAAGAUCAGUCCGGUGUAGCUCUUGGAAGAUUGGCGUCAAUUGUUGAACAGCUGUCUCAACUCCAGAAUGAAGGCAAAGAGAUGUUGAUGGUGACCAGCGGGGCUGUUGCCUUUGGAAAACAAAAGUUGAAUGCUGAAAUGCGAAUGUCUAUGUCUAUGAGAGAAACUCUGUCCCCAAAAGAAAUUGGAUAUCAUGGUAUUGUGCGGCCUGAACCCCGAGCUGCAGCAGCAGUUGGUCAAAGUGGUCUUAUGGCGUUGUACGAUGUUAUGUUUUCCCAGUAUGGAGUGAACAUAGCUCAGGUGCUCGUAACAAAGCCUGACUUUUACAAUCCAGACAGCAGAUACAAUUUAAAAAGCACAGUUCUUGAAUUGCUGAGUUUGAACAUCAUUCCUAUUGUAAACACUAAUGACACUGUAGUACCUCCUGAAGUGGAUUAUACAGCUGGUGGAGCUAAAUACAAUGAAACAGGGCAAGUGAUGAAUAUCAAAGACAAUGACAGUCUUGCUGCACAUUUAGCGGCUGAAGUUCAGGCUGACCUUUUAAUCCUUAUGUCAGAUGUGGAUGGCAUCUACACAUUACCACCUGGACAAGAUGGCGCACGCUUUUUAUAUAGCUACUGCCCGUCAUUGGAUGGCAAUAUUGUGUUCGGUGAGAAGUCUGGAGUAGGACUAGGUGGCAUGGAAUCUAAGGUUCGCGCUGCCAGCUGGGCCCUAGAACGUGGAAUCGCUGUGGUCAUCUGUAAUGGUACAGACGAACAUGCUGUAAGCCGAAUUGUUCAAGGGAAAAGAAUAGGGACUUUCUUCACAGACCACAAAAGCCUAACAGUUACAGUGGAAACGCAUGCUGUUAAUGCCAGAAAAGGUAGCAGGCGCUUGCUAGAAUUAUCCGGUGAUCAACGAGCAGAAAUAAUUAAUCAUCUUGCAGAGCUCCUUCAGAAUCGCAAAGAACAGAUUCUUCAAGCGAAUGCUAAAGAUUUGCGACUAGCUGAAGAAUCAGGCUUAUCAGCUCCACUUCUGUCCCGUCUUACUUUGACACCAGAUAAAAUUAACAGUUUAGCUGAUGGUUUACAACAGAUAGCCGACGCCUCUCACACAGUAGUGGGCAGACUAUUGAAAAGAAUUAAAAUAGCAGAUGGAAUGGAACUCCACCAACAAACAGUGCCAAUUGGUGUGCUCCUUGUGAUUUUUGAAUCUCGUCCAGAUUGUUUGCCUCAGGUUGCUGCUUUGGCCAUUAGUUCUGCAAAUGGAUUGCUUUUGAAAGGCGGCAAGGAAGCAAAUCACACAAAUACUUACCUAAUGAAGUUGGUCGAAGAAGCCUUAUCCAUACAUGGUGCAAGCGAAGCUAUCUCACUUGUCAGCACUCGCGAAGAUGUUGGUGAGUUGCUACAAAUGGAAGAUUACAUUGAUUUGGUCAUACCACGUGGUUCAUCUCAACUAGUGAAAGAGAUACAACAACAAAGUCGAGGAAUUCCUGUGUUAGGACAUAGUGAAGGCAUUUGCCAUGUCUAUGUGGAUGAGAAUGCAGAUCCUGCCAUGGCUCUCCGAAUAGUAAAAGAUUCCAAAUGCGACUAUCCUGCAGCCUGCAAUGCGAUGGAAACUCUUCUCCUUCAUCGUUCUCACUUGGACAAUAACCUCUUUGUUGAUAUCUGCAAUACAUUGAAAAAAGAAGGGGUGCGCAUUUAUUCUGGUCCUCGAUUACACAAUAUCCUAACAUUUGGUCCUCCUCCAGCCAAAUCGAUGAAAACGGAAUAUGGGGCUCUGGAAUGCGCUAUUGAGAUAGUGGAGAGCGUGGAAUCUGCAAUUAACCAUAUCAAUACUUUCGGUAGCAGCCACACGGAUGUUAUUGUGACAGAAGAUGAAAAAAAUGCUGAAAAGUUCUUACAAGGUGUUGACAGUGCAUGCGUUUUCCACAAUUCAAGUACAAGAUUUGCUGAUGGUUAUCGUUAUGGUUUAGGGGCGGAAGUUGGAAUUAGCACAGCUCGUAUUCAUGCUAGAGGGCCAGUUGGGGUGGAAGGACUACUUACUACGAAAUGGGUACUAUAUGGAUCCGGAAACACUGUGGCUGACUUCAACCAGGGUCGGAUGAGAUAUGUUCACGAAGUAUUACCGAUUGAGUCUUGAAACAUCUGAAGAUGAGAGUUUCAUCAUUAUAUAAGUAGUUUUCAUUUAACUUAGUUGAAUGCAUAAACUGUUUGGAUCUCAGUAUUUAUUUACAUCUCAAUACAUUUUAAAAAUGUAGCAUUAAAUUAUAUUAAACUGAAAAUUUCGCCUUUUGUAACUUAUGAAAAUGUUUUUUGAAUGGCAUAUAUGAGAAAUAAAAGGAUUUUAUUAUA